CAAAGGGGGAUAGAACUGCCCUCCUCUCACGUGUUCCUCCGAGUACCUGUGGAUGUAUAAAAGCCUUCCGAAUUUCUAGAUUCAGCAUCAGUUGUUUGAAAGCAGCAGUUCUCCCAGCAACCCAUCUACAUUCACUCAAAAUGCCUUCCAUGAAAUUGAUGUUGGUCGUCUUGGCCGCUUUCGUUGCCUACGUCUCGGCCCAAUCUGGCUAUGCCGCCCCGUCCUACUCCGCACCAUCUUAUUCCGCAGGAGAUUACAAGCCCGGUUAUGCCAACGGCCGCGUGAAGAUGCAGGUGUACCGUGGACCCAACAAGGACUACGGAAAGGACUACGGAAAGGGCUACGAUGGCGCUUUCGCUCCCUGGGGCUUCUACGUCACACAACCUGAAGACAACAAACCUUACGGAAAGGGCUAUUAAGGCUACCGGCUAAAAAUCAUUUCUGCAGCGCUUUGGCCUGUGGUUAUCCAUCACAACGGUGAAAAUCAAUGCCCUCCCCUCAAGACUCACCAUCACCUGAGAAAGAAAAAGAAAAAACAAUUAUAAUAUAUGUAUUUGAUGACAACAAAUGCGGCUGGACUCCGCGGCUUGUUGCCAAAAAAGUUUUGUAUUUCCUGCGAUCAUGAAAUAUAAAAUAAUUUAAAAAAAUUAAAA